UCGGGGGAGACUUGUAGAGACCGCGGCGCGCUGACAGGAGAGCCCCGCGUGUCCAAGAGCGGGACCCGGCAUCGGAUGAUAAGCUUUAGGAAAGGAGGAAGAUCUACCAGAGCUGUUCGUGCAUUUUGGCUUUUAUUGACUGCUUAUCCACACGCUGUCCCGGUUGGCGUUAACGCGCAGCUGAGAGAGAAAGCAAACAAGUCGAUUAAGAAGAAGAAGGGUCCGAUUCAGCCCGAGCGGCUCCAGAGUUUUGAUCGUAUUUUUAGCAUCCCUCUCUUUCCCCUCUCCCCGUCCCUUCUGAGUGCGGAGUGGCAGAGGGAGGGACGGGAGAACUGCGCGGACGGACCGUGAAGCUGCGCGCCUCCCCGGUGGAUGAGCCACUGGAUGCGGCGCGAUGGAUUAACAGAUAGCUGCGGACCCUGCACCUUCCUCGUUUUCACCGCCGACCCCCUGUCCACCUUGGGAUUAUUUCAGCUCUCACCAACCCUCCUCAACCUGCCUCUCGAGAUGACCGAGGAAUAUGUUUUGCGGUGCGUCCUGAUGCUCUGCUGCGCGCUCCUCUCGGCCAACGCGAGUAACUGGCUGUACCUGGCCAAGCUGUCAUCAGUGGGAAGCAUCAGGGAUGAGGAGACAUGCGAGAGGUUACGAGGCCUCAUCCAGAGACAGGUUCAGAUCUGUAAGCGCAGCGUGGAGGUGAUGGAUGCAGUACGUCGUGGAGCACAGCUAGCUAUAGACGAGUGUCAGUUCCAGUUUCGCAACCGUCGAUGGAACUGCUCAACUCUGGAGACCAUGCCUGUGUUUGGCAAAGUGGUCACCCAGGGCACCCGUGAGGCAGCCUUUGUGUAUGCCAUCUCAGCAGCCAGUGUGGCGUUUGCGGUCACAAGGGCCUGCAGCAGCGGAGAGCUGGAAAAAUGUGGCUGCGACCACAAUGUGCAUGGAGUCAGUCCAGAGGGGUUCCAGUGGUCGGGCUGCAGUGAUAACAUUGCAUAUGGAGUGGCCUUUUCCCAGUCAUUUGUGGAUGUGAGAGAGAGGAGUAAAGGCCAGUCUUCCAGUCGGGCUCUCAUGAACCUGCACAACAAUGAGGCUGGCAGGAAGGCCAUCCUGUCCCACAUGCGCGUGGAGUGCAAAUGUCACGGUGUUUCAGGCUCCUGUGAGGUAAAGACCUGCUGGAAAGCUAUGCCACCCUUCCGGAAAGUGGGGAAUGUCAUCAAGGAGAAGUUUGACGGGGCCACUGAGGUAGAGCAGCGCAAGGUUGGCUCCACCAAAGUCCUGGUGCCUCGAAACUCCCAGUUCAAACCUCACACAGACGAAGAUCUGGUCUACCUAGACCCCAGUCCAGAUUUCUGCGACUAUGACCCGCGCACGCCAGGUAUGCUGGGCACAGUGGGCCGCCAGUGUAACAGAACCUCAAAGGCCAUCGAUGGCUGUGAGCUGAUGUGCUGUGGCCGCGGCUUCCAGACGCAGGAAGUGGAGGUGGUGGACAGGUGCAGUUGUAAGUUCCACUGGUGCUGUUAUGUAAAAUGCAAACAAUGCCGCAAAAUGGUGGAGAUGCACACAUGCCGGUGACGGGAGUAAGGGGAACAGAGGGCACUGCUGAUGGACAAAACAAGCACCCCACACUCCUGCUCAAUUGCCAUGGCCAGAGGGAGCAAAAAGGACUUUUGAAUCUCCCUCCUCCCCUGCUUGAAACCACCCCACUCUCCAACUACUGGUCAACAGAAACAAACUCAGUGGCUGAGAGGCCAAAUGUCAUUCAGUUCAUUUAAUGCCACCUUAAUGGAUAUCAGUAGAUUAUGCAUGGGAUUCCCAACAAAGCAGAGGCAGUUUGUUUCUUUUCAAAUAGAGAGCAUCUUUCACUUUCUGUCUCCCUCCCCCAUUCUCAUAUUUGCUUUGUCAUUGAUCCUUCUUAUUUUUGUAAUGUUUAACUUAUUUGUUGAGACUGAGGUGAUUGACAGGGGAUGGACCUAGAAGGAGGGAACAGACGAAUGGAGAUAAUAAGGGACAAACUGGACC